AUGCCCUCAGGUACCGCCCGCAGCCCCCCCAAUGCCCUCAGACACCGCCCGCCGCCCCCCCCAAAUGCCCUCAGGUACCGCCCGCCGCCCCCCAAUGCCCUCAGGUACCGCCCGCCGCCCCCCAAUGCCCUCAGGUACCGCCCGCAGCCCCCCCAAUGCCUUCAGACACCGCCCGCAGCCCCCCCAAUGCCCUCAGACACCACCCGCCGCCCCCCCAUGCCUGACCUCAGGUACCGCCCGCUGCCCCCCCAAUGCCCUCAGACACCGACCAUCGUCCCCCCCAAAUGCCCUCAGACACCGCCCGCCGCCCCCCCAAUGCCCUCAGACACCGACCAUCGUCCCCCCCAAAUGCCCUCAGGCACCGACCACCGGCCCCAAAUGCCCCCAGGCACCGACCACCGGCCCCCAAAUGCCCUCAGACACCGACCACCGGCCCCCAAGUGCCCUCAGACACCGACCACCGGCCCCCAAGUGCCCUCAGACACCGACCACCGGCCCCCAAGUGCCCUCAGACACCGACCACCGGCCCCCAAGUGCCCUCAGACACCGACCACCGGCCCCCAAGUGCCCUCAGACACCGACCACCGUUCCCGAGGGCCCCGCACCGCGUCUCCGUCCUACGCCGCUGCGCCCCCGCCUGUCCCGCUCCCGCGAAAACGGCCUCACGGACCCAGUCAGGCGCCGCGCCCGCCGCGCAUCCCGCCACUGCCGCUAACUUCCACCUAG